AUGGCUUCAGGCGCCGACGGAGGCGGCUCUUUGCCACCCAACUUCUUCCUAACCCCGCAGCAACAGACCCUGCUUUUCGCUGCGCUCAACGCCAACAAGCCUCAGACUUCUGCCUCCCCCCCCGUCAAAGGCUUGUCCAUGUCGCCAGGCUCAUUCCAGAGCUCUCCGAUGCAGAAUGUAGACAAUUCCGCCUUCCAAGACAGCCCGUAUCUCGACAACAUCGACUACGACUUUGGCGACUCCAGCUUCGACUUUUCCUUUGCCGGCAACGGCGGUGAACAGGCCAACAUGAUGGGCGAUAAUGCCGGAACUGUCGCAUCCGACUCGACAGAGAACGAUGGUCAUGAGAAGAGGAGCCAUCCUGAUGACGAGGAAGAUGACAGCAGUCCGGGCAAUGACUCCAAGAGACGGGAAGGUUCAGAGAAAAUUACCAAGAAGCCAGGCCGCAAGCCUCUCACCUCAGAGCCAACUUCUAAACGCAAGGCACAGAACAGAGCCGCUCAGCGGGCUUUCAGGGAGCGCAAGGAGAAGCAUCUCAAGGACCUGGAGACCAAGGUCGAGGAGCUGGAAAAGGCCUCCGAGGCUGCCAACCAUGAGAAUAGCAAGCUGCGACUCCAAGUGGAUCGCAUCACCACCGAGUUGAAUCAGUACAAGCAGCGUGUCGCCGUCAUGACACAGCACAAGGCCAUUCCCCGAGAGAAGGCGUCGUUCGGCCAUGCUGCCGUCAACAACUUGAGUGAUGUCAGCUUCCAAUUCGACUUCCCCAAGUUUGGUGCCCUUCCCGGCCCACCGAUCAAGCAAUCUUCAUCGCAACCCAUCAGCCCGCAGCACAACGGCCAGAAGAACAGUCCAGCUCGCAGCACUGGCAGCGACAGCAAAUCACCUCGGUCUACCGUGCGGCAGCCAAACCAGUAUGACUUUGCUAAGUAUGCCGGCGUGUUUGCGCCCUCCGUCUCCAACUCGACGCGCACUGGCUCUCAUGCCAGCCUCGACUCUGUUCCCUUCAGUGUUGCUGCCGCUACUAGCUCACCUUCAGCGUCAUCCAACUCCAACGCCGGACCCAGCUCGUCCUGCGGAACCUCGCCCGAGCCUUUCACGCAGUCUCCCAUGAGCUCCAAGCCUCUCGAGACAUUGACCACCAUUGGCGAGGAGCAGCCGGCAACGGCGACCACGGAUCAGCCAUUUGCCCAGUUUUCUCACGUCGACAUUGCCAGUCCCAGCUUUGACUGGCUCGUUCUGCAGAACGGGGGGGGCCACUUUGAUCCCCAACUGUUUGGGGAUUACCGAGAGUCACAGGAGAGCAUCUUGUCCAACCCAACCUUUGACGACUUCUACUUCAAUGACGGACUAGACGUUGACUUUUUAACACCUUACAAUGCUGCCCCCAGCGAUCACGAUCAUGCUCCAAAGAAGAACCUCAUUGCUGAGAUUGACGCUCAGCAGAACUCCAUCGAGGACGACGUGGGUAAGAAUCAAAACAUGAGCUGCAAUCAACUUUGGGAGAGGCUGCAGGAUUGCCCCAAGGCGCAAAACGGUGAAUUUGACCUGGACGGGCUUUGCUCCGAACUUACCAAGAAGGCCAAGUGCUCGGGCAGUGGCCCCGUCGUCGCCGAAAGGGACUUCGACUCGAUUCUGAAGAAGUACAUGGGAAAGGAUGUGUCGGCAGAUUGCAUGGCCAGCAAGCUAGGCAUCUCUGUGAACCCAGAGCAGUCCAAUGGCGUGACAAAGCCUUGA